CUCGAUUAUUGCGGAGCUCAGCUGGACGUUUCAGGCGGAAACUCGAAGCUGUUAAACUAGUCCCAUAGAGUAAUUAGUUUUGCUGCAGAUAUGAAUUUUAAAUUACGAGCUGCAACAAAAGACGACUGUAAAGAUAUAUCCAGAAUGAUAACGGAGCUUGCUGUUUAUGAAAACAUGCCUGACCAGGUGAAGAUAUCUCAUGAAGAGCUGGAGCGCGACGGUUUCUGCCAGAACCCCUUUUUCGAAUGCCUCAUUGCAGAAGUACCUGAAGAGCAAAAAUCUAAAGAAGGGUUUACAGUUGUUGGAUACGCUCUUUACUUUUACACAUACAGUACUUGGAUGGGACCAACAGUUUAUUUGGAGGAUCUUUAUGUGAUGCCGGAGUUUAGAGGAAAUGGGAUUGGCAAGGGUUUACUGUGUAAAGUUGCUGAGGUGGCGAAGAAGAAGCAGUGUGUGCGACUGCAGCUGUCUGUCCUGAACUGGAAUACCCCCAGUCGAGAUUUCUACGCAGCUAAAGGAGCCAAGGACCUCACUGCUACUGAAGGCUGGCACUUUAUUCGCUUUGAUGGACAAAACCUGGACAACUUAGUUAACGAGGCUCCUACAAAUUAAAUGUGUGUUGAGGAAAACACAUACCAUUUGCUUCUGUAUUUUAUCCUAUAAUAAAAAAGUAAUUAAAAAAAUAUCGGCCACGUCCUUCUCAAGAAUAAACAGAUUUUCAUAAUUGAA